UCAGAAGACUAUGACGAGCAUGGUAAAGUAAUGGUAGGAAACCGCCGUUAUUUUAGACGAAGAUCAGGAUAAAUCGGAAGCCGUCUUUGGCUUGCAUAUUGCCGUUCUCUUCCUCCGGACAUGACCCCGACGAAUCUCAUUCUUCAAGCUUCCCCCAUGCGCUCAAAAUCGGAGAGCUUUUGAAAUUUUUUUUGUGGGGAUUCUUUUUCUAAAUCGGAAAAGGGAAGAUGGUGGCUGCGUGUCUCCUCCACACGGGCAUCCGUCUAGCUGCGGUGUGGGACAUACAACAAUCCAGUUGUAGAGGCAGAUGCUGCAGAAGAGGACCUGCCAAUGGCGGAAAUGGCAUUGUCACUUUGAGUGGCCGGACGAGGGCUGUGGCGUUCGUGUGCAGCCUGAGGGACAAGGGGCUGAGCAAGAAGCCGCUGUGGAGGACGAAGGAGGACAUGAGCUCGGAGGCGAAGCAGGCCUCUUCCUCCCUGCGGCUGGCCAAGGGGGAGGAGGCGGUGGCCAGGGUCAUGGUCACCUCCGUCUCCAGGCUUCUAAAGCCCGACCUGCUCGCCCUCCUCGCCCACCUCCAGCGCACCGACUGCUGCGACCUCGCCAUCAAGAAACCACAUCACCAGUCAAGAUAAUGGUUGGGCAUCCAAGUGUGCAAAAACUAUGCAGCUUCCUUCAUACCAAGGUCUUCGACUAUGCACGUAAAGAGAUCUGGUAUAGGCCGGAAGCUUCGUUCUACUUCGACAUGAUAUACAUGUUAGGAAGGAACAGGUUGAUUGAGAAGGCUGAGUAUUACUUUUUGCAGCUGCAAGAGGAAGGCUUGCAACCUGAAACUAGGAUAUACACAGAGAUGCUGGCUGCAUACAUGCUAGUUGAUAAGGUCGACAAAGCCAUGGAUAUGUACAGAAUGAUGAAAGAGGCUGGGUGCAGACCCAAUGAGUUAACAUUUACGAUAUUAGUAAGGAAUUUACAGAGGCUCGGUGAGGUGGCCGCAAUAAAGGAAGUAGAGAAUGAUGCAGUAGAAAAUCUUGAGGAAGGAGAAGAAUUCUUGAGGAAUGUAAAAACGAGAAGGAAAAAUCCCACUCUCAAUUAGAUAAUGGAUUCUACUUUGCACCUGUUCUUUGUAAAUUUUGUUUUUUCUGUGUACCCAUAAGCUUGAAAACUAGACAGCAAUGCACCCAAAAACCAGCCGACAUUUAUUUA